ACAUUAUGUUAAUUUUUUUUCUUUACUUUUUUGUUUUUACAGACUCUGGUACAGUUUGCUGUGCAAAAAUUGGCUUUUUAUACCAUAAUUGCUUAACAUGGUUGUUCCCAUUCACUGGCUGAAAUAUUGAGCAUAAAUCUCUAUCUCUUUUACUCAGAUGUUUAAACAGCCAGUAAACACUCCAGAUGUUUAAACACACCAUGAGCAUGGUAAGUCUAAUUGUAACUGCUUCAGAGUUUCCUAAGUUUCUGCGCGUGCAUGUGGGUCAUGGGUGGAGUUUCGACUUCUCCAUAUUCAUAUACUGUGGAGCUCCUUCUGCUCUGCCCUAUAAAGAGACACUGAGCUUCUCGGUCACUUUAAACAAGACAAAUUAACGGUCUGCGAAAACCACCGGAUCCCAGUCGUGUUUACUAUCGAUAAAACUUCUUUAGUGCACUUUUUUACGCCUCAGAGCUGAAAGCCAGUGGACCAUGAUGGACUACAUGACGGACAAGUUCCCGCUGAAGUGUGAAGCUGGGAAGGGGACAGACUUUUACCUGGAGCCGUUAAUGGAGCCCUUAGAGAGCAUGCAAUACUACAGCAAGAGCUCCAGCAAGAGCGGUCAGCAUUACACACUGCAAAACACCGAGCACCACAGCAUUCUGGACAGAUCAUCUCCCGGUGACAACCAAACCUCAGCUGUAGCAGCAGCUCCUCAUUACUGCAGCGGGAAGGCGGAUGACGGCGGCGGACACGCGGAGCUCAGCGGGCCGCUGGAUGAGCGCUGCGGGGUGAGGACAUCACCGGGAGCAACAGCACGGGACAAAACCGACUUAGACGACAUUGGUGAGAAGUGUGACAGCAACGUAUCCAGCAGCAAGAAGAGACGCCACCGGACCACGUUCACGAGUGCCCAGCUCGAGGAGUUAGAGAAAGUCUUCCAAAAAACGCAUUAUCCAGAUGUGUAUGUGAGGGAACAGCUGGCCAUGCGCACCGAGCUCACCGAGGCCAGAGUGCAGGUUUGGUUUCAGAACAGAAGGGCGAAGUGGAGAAAGAGAGAGCGCUAUGGACAGAUCCAGCAGGCUAAAAGUCAUUUCGCAGCCACGUAUGACAUUUCAGUGCUGCCCAGGACAGACAGCUACUCACAGAUACCCAAUAACUUGUGGCCAGCUCCAACGCCCGGUGGCUCAGUGGUUUCCUCCUGCAUGCUCCCGCGUGGUUCUCCACCAUGUGUACCAUCUCCAUACCCUCACUCACCACGAGCUCCUGAACACAAUUACAUUAGCUUCCCAAACCAUCAGCAGAACCAGUUCGGUGUCAAUCCCGUCUCCCUCAACAACUUCUUUACUGAUUCGCUUUUGGCCCCAACACCAAACGGGCAUGCGGCCUUCGAGAGCAAACCUGAGUUUGAGAGGCGGUCAUCGAGCAUCGCUGUCCUCAGGAUGAAGGCCAAAGAGCACACAGCCAACAUCUCAUGGGCCAUGUGAUCCCUGUGCUCAGACUCUUAUUCUAAACAGUAUUCAAUAAUUUUAAUGUAUUGAUAAAGACACAGAAGUGGACAUUUUUUUUUUUAAUAAGAAGGACUCCCUGAUCAUUUGAACUGAUCACUGACUGAAAAGGUUCCUUCGAGGAGCUUCAGUUUGAGCCAGCAUCACUUUUCUGUCUUACUUGAUUUACAUAUUAUGUGUAAAUGAUUGUCUUAUGAAUGUCAACGAACUUUUGCAAUAGCGUGCCUUAUUAUUGUAUGACGCACUUAUGGUGGCGUGAAAGCAGUAACACAGGAAGCUUUAAGAGCUUAACUACAUUCUGUACUCAGGUCUUGGUGUGGAUGUGAUGUCCUUAAAAUCUUACAUAAGUCAUGACCAUGUGCCUUGAAGAAAAGCUGUGUCCAACUCAUAAAUGUAGCUGGCUCUGCCACAAUCAUCCACAAUCAGAGGGGCACUUUGCACUCUGUAGGGAUUGUAUUUCAGUAAAAUUCUUUUGGAGAUUUCACAAUUAUUGUGAUUUAUAUACUGUAUCAUGCCCCAUUUCUGAGAAGAAUCUAAUGUUAUACUCUAACCCUAGAAUAUUUUUUAUAAAAACCUUAGAUUUCUAAAAAUAAAAUUUUAACCUAUCUUUAAGCCUGUGGUGAGUUAAUAAUAAAAAUGACAUCAAGACCAUUAAAGCUUGAUCAUUAUUUCUUUAAGUGCUCCAUCUUGUGAGGUCUUAGCCUGUAGUGAAUCCAGAGUCUAUACUCGGAGCACUGCUUGUGAAAAUGGCACAUGCAGCAGAUAAUUGUCAUCAAUAUACACACACCCACAGC